UCUGUUCUGGUCUGACCCCCACCAUUAACAAAAGCAACCAGAGGAACAGCUUGUCAAUGGCGGCCCUUCACUCCCCCUCUCCCUCCCCCGCCCUCAAUUUCGAAUACCCAGUUCCUCAGAACCCCCCAAAACCACCGUCAUGCUCGCGUCGAAUCUCUCCCUGGCGCGCUCGAUCCAGGAUCGCCUCACCCACACUCGAAACUCGCCGAAAAACCGGACCUUUACCAUCCGAAUAGGCGCCCACUGCAACCCUGUCGCGCCGCCGCGGCCGCCGGCCCCGGUCGUGCUGGGGCUCGGCAGCCUGAUGGAGACGUUCGCGGUGGAGGUGCAGAGGGCGGAGAGCAGGGCGCUGGACGUGCCGCUGGUCGCGCCGUUCACGAUCGCGACGUCGAGGUUGGAGGGGGUGGGCAACGUGGCGGUGCGGGUGGAGCUGCGGAACGGCUGCGCGGGGUGGGGGGAGGCGCCGGUCCUGCCGUCCGUGACGGCGGAGGAUCAGGGGACGGCGUUGGAGAAGGCGAGGGAGGCCUGCGAGGCGUUGAAGAGGAGCCCCGCGAUGGGGCUGGGGAGAGCUCUGGGGGAGAUUGCGGCGAUUCUUCCUGGACAUGAGUUCGCUUCUGUUCGGGCAGGAGUUGAGAUGGCAUUGAUUGAUGCAGUUGCCAACAGCAUCGGAACACCAUUGUGGAAAUUAUUUGGUGGAGCUUCGAAUACAUUAACAACAGACAUAACAAUUCCAAUUGUGUCACCAGCUGAAGCUGCUGACUUGGCUCUUAAAUAUCGGAAACAGGGUUUCCAAACUUUGAAGCUCAAGGUGGGCAAGGAUCUGAAAGCAGAUAUUGAGGUUCUUCGAGCAAUACGGGCUGUGCACCCUACUUGUUCAUUUAUUCUGGAUGCUAAUGAAGGAUACAAGUCUUCAGAAGCUAUUCUAGUUCUUGAUAAACUGCAUGAGAUGGGGGUUACUCCCAUUCUCUUUGAGCAGCCAGUUCAUAGAGAUGAUUGGGCAGGUCUUGGACAUGUCAGUCGAAUUGCUAUAGGGAAAUAUGGGAUUUCUGUCGCAGCUGAUGAGAGCUGCCGAAGUUUAGAUGACGUCAAGACAAUCGUAAAAGGAAAUUUAGCAAAUGUCAUUAACAUAAAGCUCGCGAAACUCGGAGUGCUUGGGGCCCUUGACAUUAUUGAGUUUGCAAGACCACAUGAUUUGGACCUGAUGAUCGGUGGUAUGGUUGAGACUAGGCUAGCCAUGGGCUUCGCUGGCCACCUUGCUGCUGGCUUUGGUUGUUUCAAGUUCAUUGAUCUUGAUACUCCCUUACUGCUAGCAGAAGAUCCAGUUUUUGGUGGUUACGAAGUGUCUGGUGCCAAUUAUAGAUUCAGUAAUGCCAGAGGCCAUGGCGGCUUCCUUCAUUGGGAUAACAUUCUCUGAUUGGUAGAAAGUCGAUUACUUCAACAACUCCAGUGUUUGGAUCGGUCAUGAAGUGUAUCUUUCCUAUCUUUUGUGGACUUGGGUUGCAUUCAAUUGGCUCAUGCUAUAGAGAAGUGGCCUCUGAUGACAUGGAAGCACUUGGCUCAUUUGCGCAGGAUAAUUGGUGUGCACUGAUAAGCCUUGUGUUUUUCUGGCUAGACAAUUGGCUAAUAAUCAAGUGAACCCAGGUGGUGUUUGUUAUUGUGUGCAUAGUUCUGGACUGGUCUUCUUGCGGAUGUUGAGGCCAAAACUAGAGGACCUACAUGAACUUAGAUUACAACUCUCUGAGACAAAUUUCUCUAGAGCUGUUGUGUCUCUAAACAGAUCUUAACUGCUUUCUGUGACGAUGUAACUUCAUGCUUAUGUGUCAAACUCUGUCUAUCAAUUAUGUUCUUCAAAA